AUGGAGAAAAGAGAAAUCUGGGCAGAAACAGGAUGGGGUGACUGGCAGUUGCCGUUGGGUAAUGGAAAAGCAGCGGUGGAGCAGCGUUGUUCGAGAACUGGAUCUGAUGCUGCUCAGGAACAACUUCCGGGUUUGUUUCUGGGUCUCUGGCUAUUCUCGGGCUUGCAUCCUCUUGACGAUGCAAGCCUCCCCUACACUCCUGCAUCGAUCACCCCUUCUGUGAGUCAUGCUGAGAAUCCACGUGCACGUGGUGAUUGCUCUGAUAUUCGAUCCAAGGGGAUGCCGAAGGGAAUCCUGCACGGUGACCGACCAAUUCGAUGGAGUCCAUGGAAUGAAGUCCGUGUGCGAAGUCAGUUGGUCGGGAAAGCAGCGAUUGGCGGGCUCGCCGUCGCGCCCUUUGGUGACAACUGCCGACCAGCAAAGCCUUCCACGCCCUACAGCAAAUUGGUUCGCAUGGGCGCAAAAGCUAACCAGGGUUGUUCUAUCUGCGUCUAUCCUCUUAGCAGCCUGGUCUUCCUGCAUGAGUCUCGUCACAACAGCUCGAACAUUCUUGACGGGACAAUCAUCGCAGCUCUAGGAACUUCGUCCCUUGUCAGCCUGUACGUGUCCGUGUGCUGCGACAUCGGAGCGACAAAAGACCAUCCAGCACCUUCGGAUGAUCGGCCAAGCCAGUCAGUCCAGCUGAUUCGUACCGCUAUUUUAGGUUGGCUCCGACCCUCGCUUGCUUUUUCAGUGCGGCCUGACACAAUCAAUUGUCAAACUGCUAUCCAGCAUCGGUUUCCCGACCCCAUUCACUCGUGGGACAUCGGUGGAGGCCUCUUCAUUCCGCAACCAAGCGAGAAUAGCCGCGCCGGGUUCGAGCCGGUUUGCCCCAGCUUUAUCCGCUAUUACCCGCCAUCAGGGCCUUUUUUCUUCACGGAAUUCCCGACUCCUGAGCUCGUGGAGCUCUCUGUGGCUUUAAAAUUCCUGGGACCUCCCGCCUAUGUAUGGAGUACCCGCUCUGGAUCUCGAUUCUCUCCACUGGUGCCACCUCCUGAUGCUGUUUCUCGCCUAGAAACGGGCCGGUUGGCGCUUCUCCGUCCCUGUUUUCCGCGGCCAACACUAUACCGAGGCCGUUGUUCGCAGAUUUUGCAUCCGAUAUCAAGAGGGCUCACGAGCGAACACAUCCAGAUCACAAUUACUCCAGCUAAUGACAUUAUGCAUCGCAAAGUAUCUCCGAGGACUGAUGUGCAUAUACGCGCAUUAGCUGUGUAUUAA